AUGGGGACCCUGGGCAUGAUGAAGAAGAUAUACUCUCAGCUGCUCCUGUCAUAUAUAUUGGUAAAAAAAAGGAUAAAUAGACACUAUCAGCCCUUCUCUUACCAAAAUAUAAAAUAAAUCUGUAAAGCCCAAACAGAGUUUGGUAGAAAUAGUGAAAUCCUUAAGGGAAUGGUGAGAGCUACUUUAACAUCUAAUGAGUUCCAGCUGAUCUCAGAGACCUCUUCUGGUGUCUCCUAACCCUCUCAGAAUUUGAUCUUUGGGAAAGCACAUGGAAGAGACCCUUAAAAAGUUUCCUGGUUGAGCUCAAGCAAAGCACCCAGGAUGCAAAAGAUGCAGAUGAUAACGAGAUCGCCUUUGAACAUCUGUGCUGCGAGGGGAUGUGGGCUAAACCUGAGGACCAGGCUCGGGUGCUAACAAAAUCCAUUUUAGAUAAGAUCUGUGGUGUGGCACAAAAGGUUUUUAACCAAUUGUCAAUGUUUGAAACCCAAGGCAGCUAUGGUAACAUUAAACAGUUUCCCUCAGAAAGUUUCUUGAAGUUUGUCAACCGGCUUCAAGCACAAAUAGAGAGGCAAGUGGAAGGACCAGUGCCACAGGCAGAGCUGAUUAAGGAGAUGGCUCAGAGAAAUGCCAAUGAGGCCUGCUUCAGAGUGAUCCAGCGACUGCCCAUUGAUCCUCCACCUACCAUAGCGCAGAUGAUAGAGGCGCAUACCAUGGAAGCAGAGCUGUUUGGUGCACAAGACAGGAGGUUGGGACUGACAAACACAAGGACUCUAGCAGCAGUAACACCAGGAAUGAAGAAGCCACAGAUGUCAUCAGAGCAGCUCCAGAAUAUCAUCUGCUUCCAGUGCAAAAGGUCUACUCAUUGGACAGUCAUCGGAGUGGACAUUCUGGACAAUUCACAAGACAUGACAAGACUGGAUAGUGAGUAUUUUGUUAUUGGGGACACAGCACACACACCCAUGGAGAUUGAGGCGGCUCCCAUGACAAUCAAAGGCGACAUAACUCACCUCACUCCUGGCGCGUUGCCCUCAGCCACCCUUCUAUUUGGCCAAAGGGCAAAUCAUUGCCCAGUCCAUUCCUGUUCCAACAGAGGUCCCAGUAAAUGACAAAACACCUGGCAUCUACUGGGCAGAAGUGGUUGGCGAGGAUAAACCCAUUAUGGGAUGCAACCUUACCCGUGGAUCAGAUCAUCUCCAUGUGGAAGGCUUGACUGACACGGGGGCAGAUGUGACUAUCAUACCUGAAAGGGUGUGUCUGUCACAUUGGGAUUUGCAACCCGUGGCUGGCAAAAGCCAAGGUGUAGGAGGAGUGAAACUGGCAAAAGUUUCUUGUUAGAGUCAGAGGCAUAGAGUGGGUGCCCUUAUCUCUGAUACCUGGCUCUGACAUCCAAGAAAGCACUUAAUUUCAUCUAACACCAUGAAAACAACUGUUAAAAAAAAAAACUAGGAGUGUGACUGUGUAAAUUAGAGUUUUCUUAAGUCACUGGGUGAAAAAGUUAAAGUUUAAUGUUUAAGCUAGUUUAGAAAAUAAGAGUCAAGAUGGAGGAAUUAGGGCGUUGUCUCUUUUCCUUCUUCCCUCUUUAUCUUCUAGAGGUUUUGGGGUAGUAGUAGGUGAUUGGAUAGAAGCUGCUACAGUGCAGCACACAGGUGUUGGGUCAUUGGGUCACUAAGGAAAAUAAUUUACUUGGCAUUUGUUAAUUGGGUAAAUGGACAUAAAAAAACUUGAAGAAGUUCUUGGUUAGCGAUUUUGCAUCUUUCUGUCUUUGUGCACGUAGCUCCUUGUACCCUGUAUGCAUGUAAUGUAGAUAGAAGAA